AUGAAGUACAACCCUGGUUCUGGGUGCAAUGUUGUUGUUGAUGGUAUUAACAGCCUAGAGACAUUCUUGUUCAUGAGAAUGUUGAUCUGUUUAAGGCCACUGAGAGAUGGCUUUGCAAAAGGUUGUAGGACACUAAUAGGGUUGGAUGGUUGUCACCUCAAAGGUGCCUUUCCUGGGCAAAUUCUGGUGGCAGUGGCUAAGGAUGGGAAUAACAACUUAUUUCCUCUAGCUUGGGCUACAGUGGAGAUAGAAAACCAAGAGACUUGGGGUUGGUUCUUGAAAUCCCUUAUGGCAAUGUUCACACAUGAUCAAGGAGCUGGGCUUACCAUCAUGUCUGACAGGCAGAAGGGUUUAAUCAAAGCAAUGGUUGAUGUUAUUCCCAAAGCAGAACAAAGGUUUUGUAUUAGGCAUAUUUGGGCCAACUUCAAGCUCAACUACACUGGAUCAACCUUCAAGGAGCUAUUUUGGAAAGCACCCAGGGCUACCACUUAUUUUGAGCAUGAAAUUUCCAUGGAGUCUAUCAAAUUCCUUGAUGAAGAGGCAUAUGAAUAUUUAGCCAACAUUCCUACCAGUCAUUGGUGUAGACAUGCAUUUACACCAAACUGCAAGUCUAACAUGUUGUUAAACAACAUGUGUGAGACUUUCAAUGCAGUGAUUAGGCCUGCCAGAGAUAAACCUAUCCUCACCCAAAUGGAAUGGAUGAGGAGGAUAGACUUUGUGGCUAGGUCCUCUGUGGUGCAACCAUCUAGAGGGAAUACAUUUGAGGUGCAGCUGAAGGAUGACCAAGUCUUGGUUGAUUUGGAUAAGGAGACCUGCACAUGUUACCAUUGGAAACUCACUGGCAUUCCUUGUGUUCAUGCUUAUGCAUGCAUGUUGGAUAUGAGGGGUGACAUAGAGAGGAAGAAGCAAUGCAGCAACUGUGGAGGAUUUGGGCAUUAUGCCAAGACCUGCAAAGCACCUGCUGCACCAGCAACAGAGCUGAUAAAGUCAGCAGGCAGACCCCCCUUGAACACUCCUUGGAUGGUGGAGGAGAGGAAGAAGAAAGAGUUUAGGGCUGCAAAAAAGAGUGCAAUUGGGGCAGGACCAAACAGCAUAGCAAACAAGAAGUUUCCUCAAGAGCAAGAAGGUUGCCUGGCAUUAAGCAAGAAAACACAGUCACAGUCCAGGCAGCCAAGCUCAAGUCAGCCUACCUCAAGUCAGCCUUCCUCAAGUCAACCAAAAACAAAGACAAAGGCUUCCUCAAGUCAGCCUGCACCACCCACAGUUCAACAGCCAUUCCAAACAUGUGUUGUAACAAGGGUCAAGCUGCAAACCUUCAACAAGUUAAACCUCACCCAGUGA